UGUUUACUCGCAGAGACAAAUAGUAAAACUCAGCCGUUCAUCUCCUCCUGCGGCCCUCCAUCUCACCAUCUUGUGUUUCAAGAUGACAGAUCAUGGCGAAACGGAUGUUGCCUCGUCCGCCCCCGCUCUGUCGGUGGACGAAGAAAAGAGGGACGGCGAAAGUAACUACAAUGCAGCUAAAACUGCAGAGGAGCCAUGUGCUGCUCUGUUUGACGAAAAUAACAGAAACAGUAGUCAACAACCUUCACCGGACCACGAGCAGCCUGCAGAAGGACAGGGAGGCGAAAGAACUACGGAAAAGGCUGGCGCAAAAGAUGAAGCUGCAUCAACUCGUAUCACGUACAUGCAACAGUAUGAGGAUAGCGAAUUUUUGAAUCUCCGCGCGAUUCUUGAACACGCACUCAAGAUUGUCUUGAAGAAACCUGAUCCCGAUGAGAAAGAGAAAGCCAAAGGCUCGACCUCUACCUCUGCGAAGGCACCAGAGCAGGGGAAAGGCGUGGAAGGCGGUGGAAACGAUAAGAAAGACAGCGCGAAGACUGCUAGUGCUCAGCAUACUGAAGAGAAGCAAAAUGAGACAGAUACUUCUUCCGCUCCUACAGACGAGGGAUCGAAGAACGCAACCGUCGACGGUGAAGAAGCAAACCCUGAUGCUGCUGCGCAGCCGAAACUGCAGGAUUAUGCAGACACAAAACAAGCAAACGAGGACGAGGCACCGAAGAUUCGCAUCAAGUUUGUGAACCUGGCGGGAGAUCCGUUGUUGGAAGGAGACGUGACAAGUUUAGACAAGCGGUCAUUGCGCGGGCUUUUUCUACAGAAACUCCACGAAGCGACCGACAUGGAAGACGGCAGUUUACAGUAUUGGACCGGUUCUUACACGGAUGGCCUGGAAAGCUCCCUCGUUCGCAUUUUGAGAGACCUGCAUCCUUUGCACCCGAAAGAUAAGCCGCUGCGGCCGAAGAGGCCGCCAGUUGAUGAAACUGCGGACGAGCACGAAAACGAAUCAACCGAAAGUAAGCCCCAGAAGAAACAAGCGGACAAUAACCACACCCGUACGCAGGUUGAUGGCAGUGGCUCGACCGAACUAUAUUGCAAGUUGUUCGAGAUGAAGGUUCGUCUGCUCGACCAGGAGCGCGCUGACUUCAACAAGCAGACGAUCGCCGACUGCGAUCUGUCCAAGAGGCUGUUUGCGCACGUCUGGAAGGAGGAGUGGGAAACGGAUGCGAAGCUCUUGAAAGCGUCGCAGUACCUGGCCCUCCUGCGCGACCCAGACAGCGAUGCGGACCAGCGAAAGCUGGGUGCGGAGGAAUACACCGAAAAGCAGUUGGAGGACAUCAUCGAGCGGUAUCUGCAGACCCAGCGAGGUCGGUACGAGGUGUGGCGCACGCUUGACGAGGCGUUCGUGCGGAUGGCGGCUACCCCGGAGAUCACUAUCUGGCCAACGCCCCCGGCGAAGCCAAAUCUGUUGGAAGUGUUCAUGGACAUAUACGGGGAGGGCCAGGUCUUCGUGGACGGCAAAUUUAUCGGCCCCGUCUGGAUGCUGACCGACUGCCGUCGCGGUUUGCUGUGGGCGAACGAGCAAAUCGCGACCGCGACGAAGAAGCUCCAGCAGCGCGCGGGAGAUGUUGAAGGCGGUCGCGGAGGUGAGGAUGGAGGACCAAGAACCUCAGAGGACGGUGAAAAUAAAACUCGUCCAGAAAUUGCUGAUUUUGUUGAUGGAGAGCUGUCAGAAAAUGACCAGAAAGCAACCGUCGAGAACGCGCUCCGGUACAUUCACCUCUACAAGAGGCUAAUCGUCCCGCCCGACGGCUAUUCCUGUUGCGGCAUGGGGCCCGCAUUUCGGUUGUUGCACUGUGGCGAGGACGCGGAUAACAAAGAUUACGAUGGAAGGGAGAAAAGCUUUCUGGCCUCGAAACUGCUACGCUGCGGUCAGAGUGGUGUGUCGCCUGCUUGUUUCGUCCAUUUCGCCCUGACGCAGCACAAGUACCGCGACGCAGGAUCGGACGAAGAGGCAGAGAUCAUGCGGAAAGCGCUGCAAUGUCUGAAAGACGAGCAUCCCAAUCUGUUUCUCCUUGCUCCCUACUCCUACGCCGGGCCGCACGACCUUAGUUUUGUCGUUUCCGAGCCGACUCCCGUCGAUGAGAAAAAUUCUACGGAGGUUCUGGUGCGGGAAGUAGAGGGUGGUGCGACGAGUACUGAUAGCCCGGGCGUUGUUGAAAAAGCGGAAAGCUCCGACUCCGAGACAUCAGGUAGCACCGCUCAGGAGAACGACAUCACGGACAAACCAGAUGAACCGGCUGGCACUGGGACUGCUAGUUCUGCUGAUUUCGAGACCAAUCAAAGUCCCGCGCUGUUUGAUAAGAAGUCUCCCAGAAGUCUUGCGCCCUCAUGCACCUCCCCCUGCCCGACUACAACGUCGUCUUCCCCACAGCCGGUCUCGUCCCCCGACACGAUUUCGCCUGUUGUAUGCGAUGCUGCUUCCGCUCUAGUGUCUCAAACGGACGACGCGAAAGACAAGCGGGAAAACGAACAAACAGUGCACGAAGGAUGCAAACAGCUGGAAUACGUCGUCACGGUCCUUGUCAAUAACGCGUUUCGUGACCCCACGCUGCCGGAAUCUGCCAGCAUUUUCUCUGACGAGGCUGGAGAAGAGGCAUCGAAACACUUCCUGAAGACGGAGAUGCUCUUCGAAAAACUCGAGCAGGUACACAACCAGGUCGAAUGGGCAAAACUGAUUAAGAAGUUGGAGGCAAAGGCAGAGGCAAAUCGAAAGCUAGCUGAGGCAGAAAAGGAAAAAGAAUCUUCAGUCCCCGAGACCGAAAAUAGUGCUUCUGGUGGGCUGAAGAGCGAUCAAGCGGUCGCUCGUGAUAGAGACACAGAAGUGAGUGACGUGGUCGAGUAGGAGGUGCACGGAGUCCACCUACCUCGUGAUCUUCAGGAAAAAAUCAUCGGGACAAAGAUAGACAGUGUGGUUGCGUCAGUCCAAGACAUUGCACCACACGUCCAGGCAUCGUCAUGGUAGUCGUCUCUUCCCUGCUGGAGGUGAUAAAU